AGAUCUUGUUGAAUGAUGGAAUAUUUGCAUGUCAUUUAUUCUAAUUUUUUUUCCCUCUCUCUCUUCUCCCUUCAGUUUAAAAAUGAAAUCUCCAAACGAUUCAAAGCUAAACAGGAGCAGUUGGUUCUCAUAUUUGCAGGGAAGAUACUGAAGGAUGGAGAUACACUCAACCAGCACGGCAUUAAAGACGGACUCACCGUGCAUCUUGUAAUAAAGACAGCUCAGAGGCUUCAGGAUCCCAGCACACAACCCUCUACGUCAUCCAGUGCCCCCAGCACCGAGGAGACCAGCACGAGACCGGAACCUCCCACAGGCACCGUCACCAGCACGAGCAGUGUGCCUAGCACUGCAACCCCAACAGGAACGUCUACCUCCUCCCCAUCUGUAUUAUCUGGUUUCGGUGGUAUCCCGGGCCUCGGGAGUCUGGGUAUGGGCUCAGCAAAUUUCAUGGAGCUGCAGCAGCAGAUGCAGCGGCAGCUAAUGUCGAACCCAGACAUGCUAGCACAGAUCAUGGAGAACCCUUUUGUACAGAACAUGAUGUCGAACCCGGACCUGAUGAGACAGAUGAUCAUGGCCAACCCGCAGAUGCAGCAGCUGAUGGAGAGGAACCCCGAGAUCAGCCACAUGUUGAACAAUCCCGAGCUUAUGAGACAGACGAUGGAGCUAGCCCGCAACCCAGCCAUGAUGCAGGAGAUGAUGAGGAAUCAGGAUCGGGCGCUCAGCAACCUCGAGAGCAUCCCCGGUGGCUACAAUGCCCUGCGACGCAUGUACACUGACAUUCAGGAGCCCAUGUUCAGCGCAGCCAGAGAACAGUUUGGCGGUAACCCGUUCACAGCAUUGGGAGGAGGCUCCGACAGCAACGCCCAACCGUCCCGAACUGAGAAUAGGGAGCCCUUACCGAAUCCCUGGGUCCCGACGUCACCAGCCUCCCCGGCUACCGGCUCAAGUAGUGAGGGAGGGAACAGCACAAACCAGACGACACAGCCUGUAUCGAACCCCUUCGGUAUUAACGCUGGAACCCUCGGGAACGGAAUGUUCAACAGCCCGGGGAUGCAGAGCCUAAUGCAACAGAUCUCAGAGAACCCACAGCUAAUACAGAACAUGCUGUCGGCGCCGUACAUGAGGAGCAUGAUGCAGUCCCUGUCCCAGAAUCCUGACCUCGCCUCACAGGUAAUCUUGAUGAAUAACCCCUUGUUUGCUGGCAACACACAGCUGCAGGAUCAACUCCGUCUCCAGAUGCCUGUCUUCUUGCAGCAGAUGCAGAAUCCUGAUGUGUUGUCGGUGAUGACCAACCCCCGGGCCAUGCAGGCUUUGCUCCAGAUCCAACAGGGUUUGCAGACGCUGCAGAACGAAGCACCAGGACUCCUGCCAGGAUUCAGUCCCGCUGCUCCUGGUUCCGUCGGCGGAGUGGGUGGGCUCGGAAGUCUUAGCAGUGGCUCGACGCCCACGACGACGGCGGCAUCGUCAGCGGCACCCACCACGCAGAGCACUGGGGGCAUCAACACCAGUCCGGAGAGCCCGGCAUCCGUGGGCCCUGGGGCUGGGGCCAGCAACCCACAGCAGCAGUUGAUGCAGCAGAUGUUACAGAUGUUAGCAGGGGCUAACACUCAAGUACAAAACCCUGAAGUGCGAUUUCAGCAGCAACUGGAGCAGCUCAGCGCGAUGGGUUUCAUUAACCGUGAGGCCAACCUUCAGGCACUCAUAGCCACUGGAGGUGACAUAAACGCUGCUAUCGAGAGACUUCUGGGCUCGCAGCCCUCUUAAACACGGGAGGAAGAGCCCCCCGCCUCUGGCGUUCCCACCAUUUUAUUUUAUUCUGCAGCGGGAGAGCAGGCUCCUCAGGAGGAUAGUAAACUGACAUUUUCAGUCAGUGAUACAAAACACGCACGGGGGAAAAAAAACAAACAGCUCGUUCGAAACUCAUCUCCACCCCUUUACAGUACGUAUCGUCCAGUGCUUUAAUUGAAAACAACACUGUUUGUCCUGUUGACUUGUAAAAAAAAAGGAAAAGACAUGCACACACACAGACAUACACACACUGACGCUGUACAGCAUUUGUUGGCCUGGUUUUCUCCCCCCACCCUGCCCGUCUCCCACUUUGCUUCUGUGUUCUGUAUUUGCUAUCAGAGCCUGGAUCCAGUGGUUUAAAAAAAAUCAAAAUGUGAACAUAGCAUAAAAAAAAAUUGCUAAUGGCUUGAGUCACUCUCCUCAUUUUAAAAGCCUUUGGCCCCACCUCACACUGCCCUCCCCCCAAUCCCCCUUUGCACCUUAAGCAGCUGCAUGCCUCCCUUGGGGGCAAAUCCCCCUCGUGUUCUGCAUUCUCCUGACCACGGAGCUCAGACUGUCAACGCUGGGUUUUCACUCUGUCGUCUGAGUUUGGUGGUGGGAUUGGUUUGUGCUUAUUUUCCAUCAGCACGGAUUUUUCUGCACCUCGUAGGGUUGGGAGGGGUGCUUAAUGCUCCCAGUUUGUCAAGAAAGGCUCUGGUUUGUAAUUUGGUCACUUCAUGUUUUUGUUCUAACAGUUCUGUGUUGCUUGUUGACCGAAGAGCAAGUUAACCCCGACUUGCACUACGGAUGCUCUGUAUCUUCUGUGACAUGCCUUUGUUCCUGAACCCUUGACCUUCUUAACCCAAAUCCUAACUUUGUCCUUGAUAUUUCCGAUUUGCCUGCCCUCCCCCACCCCCCAACCCGACAGUUUUUCCUUUUGGGGUAAGGGAACUGAUUUCCACGUUUCUACUCCCUCCUUUUGUUUGAAGGAAACACUUCCUGACAUCACCAGGUUCUGUACCCUCGUUCCCCUCCCGUGUUCUGGAUUUUUUUUUCCUCCCAUCCCUCUAUUUCUGCCCCCCCAGCCCAAACCAAGGGAAAUAGUUUCUUCCAAUCAAACCUAUCGAAGCCUUUAACCACCUUAGAUGCUUUGAUUAGAUCACCCUGUAUUCAAGGGAAUGGAAAUUGUUUUUGUGUAAAUACAGUAGCAUAGCCAGUUUUCAGAAGUGGUGAUCAUAUUUGAACACAGUAAGGAUCAUUAAAGGUAAUGUUGUGGAUGCAAAACA